AUGGAGAAAUCGAAAAACUUUCGAAUCGACGCUCUUCUCGCCGAUGAGACCAAUCGGUGUGGUCGAGACCUCUCACCCGGUCUGAGCAGUGACAGCCCGGCCGGCAGCCCGGUCUCAUGCCGCCGUGGGGACACUCCGUCCCCGCGAGGAGCGCACCUUCAGACCGGAAUAAUCCCCAAGCAGAGUGUCCUCAAUCUGCCCCAUCCGGGGCUUGCAUCGCUGCCUCAGGGAGCGAUUCCCGCCAUGUAUCCUGCACCCAUGUACCCACUGUCGGCGUUGGGUGGACAACACCCUGCGUUCGCCUACACUGGCUUCACGCACCUAUCGCAGACCUACCCAGAGCACCUGAAGGUGGCUACCAUGGCUGGAUCUCUGCCCCUGGAGCACUGGAUCCGCGCUGGGCUCAUGGUGCCACGACUGCCGGAUUACAGCUCGGGUGCUCAGUCAGGCCUGUUGGGGAAAUGCAGGAGGCCCCGCACCGCCUUCACCAGCCAGCAGCUCCUGGAGCUGGAGAACCAGUUCAAGCUUAACAAAUACCUGUCCAGGCCCAAGCGCUUCGAGGUGGCCACUUCACUCAUGCUGACCGAAACACAGGUGAAGAUCUGGUUCCAAAAUCGGAGGAUGAAGUGGAAGCGCAGUCGGAAGGCAAAGGAGCAGGCCACUGCCUCCACCCAGUCUGAGGCAGAGAGACUACGCAGCUCGGGAAAGACAGGCUCCGACAAAUCCAGUGAGAGCAGACGAGCUUUGAACCCGGACGACCGAAGGAUAGCUCUCGAAUUGGAGGAUGGAGAAGAGGAAGAAGAUGGAGAGGAUGAGGAGGAAGAAGUAGCGGAGGCGCCCCAGCGUGGCUUUCCUCUUUCUGCGGGUAACCUAGUUGGGAUCCAGCAAACCACGGACUUCUUGCAGCGUAACGAUGAAGCUGGCUACAGCUCCCACAGCCCUUUCUCUGAUGAUGAGCUGGAUGGGGUGGAAGUGGGUGGGGGUGACAGGAAAAUUGGGGCAGGACUGUGAAUACACACCCAGAAAAAGGUUUUAAAAACACAUGAGAAUUACCUGAGUGUUUCAGCGACAUCACAACAGGAAAGUCUGUGUUUGUGAGAGAGGACAAACCUAAAGAUCUUCACCUCGUAUGCUCUGAGAAGGUUUUUCCAAUCAAGACAUUUGUUGGACUCAUUCACACAAUCACACAUAAACAAAUGCAGGAUUAUGACGCGCGUAUAGUGCUUAAACUAUUUGUGAAUAGAAUUAUCACUAAGUAAUUUACAUUGCUGCAGCAUGCUGGAAAAAACUGC